AAAUAAUGUGGUGUGCACAUGAGUUAUCUACCUUGGAAACAUGGCCAGCAAAAAUGUGCACGUUUUGAUUCCAAGGUAAAUCAGAGUUUUAUUUUGUAAGGGACCGCUUUCGAUCACUUCCUGCCCCAUGUCACGUGGUCAAGCCCUCGCCUAGAUACGAGCAAAGCGUCGCUGCUUCACGGUCGCUACGGAGAGAGGGAUGUGUCUGUGGUAGUAAAAAUACUGUGUACUUUCCCACGGAGUUAGGGCAACUUACUGUCAUGGCAGUUUAUAGCACAUGCUUCUCGAUUGUUACGACGACCACUCUAAACCGUUUCGACGUUUGUAUAUACACUUUGGGUGGCUGCUAGUACUUUAAUCUAUCUUGGCAUGACUGAUAAAGAUUAGUUAGCAUGCUAGCGAGCUAGCCACACAGCCUCAGCAACACACAGCGACCACACCUGCCAGUGUGGCUGUAGGUUCCUAGCAGAAAUGGGAAAACUACAGAGCAAGUUUCGCAAGAGGUCUGUCAUCUACAGGACAACUGAGGGGGAGAAGUCAGAUAACACCUUUGACAGUCAGGUGGUGCAGUAUGAACUUGCCCAUAAAGGGUCCACCAACACUGUCACCAAUCUGAGCCCAGAUCUCUGUGUUUCCGGUGGAAGUGACCAGGCUGUGGUGGUGUACGACUGGAAACAAGGCCGGAUGUGCCAGACCUUUCAGGGUCACAACCGAGAGGUUACCAAGGUGGUGUGUUAUCCAGGCAGCACAUGGAUAUUUAGUGCCUCACGGGACAAGACUGUACUGAUGUGGGACCUGAACCAGGGGGACGAACCUAUCCAGGAAUUUUGUGGGCAUGAGUUGGUGGUCAAUGGACUAGCUAUCAGUCCUGAAGGGAGAAAGCUCUGUACUGGUUCUCGUGACAACUGGAUGUGCCUGUGGGAUAUAGAAUCUGCAAAAUGUGAACAGAGACAGAACGUUUCUAGGAACCUGGUGACUCAUGUGUGCUGGGUACCAGGCAGCUCCUCCCUAGUCCAGACUUCUGAGGAUAAGACCAUAAGAGUGUGGGAUAGCCGUGCAUGGCAGGUGACCAAUACCUUUCCUGCCAAGCAAUACAUCCAGACCCACUGUGACGUUUCUCCAAACGGACACUACUUGUUGUCCAGCAGCAAUGGCUUCGGAGGCCAGGGCUGUGAAGCCACGCUCUGGGACCUGCGCCAGCCCGGCUGUAAGGUGGUGGAGUACAGAGGUCAUCUCCAGACCACCGCCUGCUGUAUGUUCCUGCCUACGACUCCUGGUGGUUCAGCUCAGGUAGCAACAUCCUCACAUGACAGCUCUGUCAAAGUCUGGGAUCAGAACACCGCAGUCUGUUUAGGGACGUUGUCUCUGGAUGGUGCUGGUCCACUGGUUUGUCUGGCUCCCACCGACACUGCCAAUCUGCUGUGUGCCAGCUUCAACAACGGCCUCCAUCAUAUCCAGCUGGGCCACGGAUUAGGCUUGGAUCCGGAUUCUGGGCCAAGUUCAGGUGGAGCUGGUGAACUGGACGUAAAAGUUGUGGCACGCUUCUGACAGCACCAACCCUGACCUGUGCACAGCCAACGCCACAGUGAGCGCUAUCACUGGAUAUGGACAAUAUGGCAGUUCAUUUAAUAUAUUUUCACAAUUUGACCUAUUUCUACAGGCACGUUGUACUUAAUGAGACUGCCAUACUGUGAAGAUUGACAAAGGAGGCCAUUGAGUAAAGGAGUGCAUGAGGGUGACAAUGUCGUGCAUGCAUCUCUUGUCCCGCAAACCCCCCAGGUGGCCCUGCUUGGAUUGCUGCCUUCUCUACCAAAUCAGAAAGACGGGGGAUUAUUCUCAGUUUCAUAAUCUUCUUCAGCAAGGAGGAUCCGACAAGAUGCUUCAUGGACAGGUUGUAUGGAUAUUAUUGGUGGGGUUGGAUAUACAGUAUAUGUCUGGACGAUAUCUUGAUGCAGAAGAAGUCGUGUAAAAGGGGAAGCAAUCCAAAAAGAAAAAGAGCCAAAAUAAUCCACUAUUUGGUCAGGUAUUACUUCUGUAGUAUGUGCAAUCAGACUAGCAGUCUUGUUAGUCAAUCACUGUGUUGAAAGAUAUGAUUAUCUCCAAAACAGAAUAAUGUGCGACAUGUGUAUGUUGAUAAAUAUUUAGUUGUGCUGUAGCAUUAACCUAAUGGAACACAUGCCUACCUACAGUACAACACAAGAAAGUUAAGAAAUUAGGUUUUGUUUCCAGGUAGAAUUCAAUGAAUUACAUUUUUUUAAAGAUCCGCUUCUUAGUUAAGUAUUGUUUAUAAUGAAUAAACGGGAAUCAAAUAUAUUGUUGCAAAUACAAAAGAAAGCUUUUUCGACAACCGGUUAACAUUAAACCUGGUACCAGUAAUUCUGAUCAACAUUUUUUAAUAUGGUGUCUCUACUGUGAUACUAACAGCUGUUUGACUACUUUGUUAGGAUUAGCAAUCCAGACUUGCUUUUGUUUAGCCAGCAAAUGCUAAUGUUAAUAUUAGCAGCCUUAAGUAAGUGACAUUUGGACACGCGUUACAUUCCUACCUUUACUGAUUAUUGUCAGAAGAUGAGUAAAGUGUAAACACUUGAAUUUGAAGUGCAAAUUGAAUAUGGAGGAUCAUUUUAAGAAUUGCAUAAUUUUCCUUUUUGGUUUGUGGAUAUCCAGGUUAAUUAUUUUUGUAAAAGACAGUGAUCAUUACAAGUAGUGACAAACCGAAGGUCAUUCUUUUUUUUGUGAGAAUGUACUGUCUCGGUGUUCGUCACUCUGAACACCAGUUAACUGUAUCUGUCUGCGUUUCAGACACUAUGAUGAAGCAAUUAAUGAAUAAUGUUUUGUCUUAGUAAAUCUUGGUAGUCUAGUCA